CCCAUUUCCCGCCUCCCCCUUCCACCAAUCUCCCGCGUCUUCUCCUCCCCCAAAUCCCAAACCCUAGAGGAGCCCCCCAUCCUCCCUCCUCUCGAACCCCCGCCUCCGCCACCGGAUCGGCAGCCACCCAUGGCGCCCAAGCAGAAGGGGAGUGACGCUUCCGCCGCUGACACCAGCAAGCGCCGGCGCGUCGGCUUCGCCGGCAUCGAUGCUGGAACUGAAGCGAAUGAAUGCAUGCAAGUGUUUCUUGCAAGAAACCCUGACGAGGUGGGCUCAGCAGACAGCACUCCCAUUGAGCCAUUUGACCUAAACCAUUUCUUUGGUGAAGGUGGUAAGAUAUAUGGCUACACAAAUCUCAAGAUCAAUGUGUGGAUAAGUGCUAUAUCAUUUCACGCAUAUGCCGAUAUUUCAUUCAAGGAAACAUCUGAUGGAGGGAGAGGGAUCACAGAUCUAAAGCCUGUCCUUCAGAACAUUUUUGGGGAAAAUCUAGUAGAAAAAGAUGAAUUUCUGGAGUCAUUCUCAAAGGGAUGCCAGUAUAUCAGUGAUGUCGUGACGAAUGGUAAAUCCAUUAAAUAUGAUGCCUCAGAUGAAGAUGAUUUGGAAGUUGAGAUUGUUCGAGUUGAACUCCAAGGUGCUGCUGCAUACCUUUAUUCACGUUUGGUAUCACUUGUUCUGCUUCUGGUUGAAGGUUCCACACCUGUAGAUAUCACAGAACAUGGAUGGGAAAUGCUUGUAGUAGUGAAGAAGGCAGAGCUUGAGCCAUCUGAUUCAAAAUUUCAGUUGCUAGGCUUUGCAGCUGUCCACCAUUUCUAUCAUUACCCUGAGAGCACUCGCUUGCGUAUCAGUCAGAUACUGGUCUUACCAUCUUAUCAGGGUGAAGGGCACGGCCGUCGUCUUCUUGAGGCAAUCAAUUCGAUCGCAGAAUCCGAGAACAUGUAUGACUUAACUAUUGAAGACCCUUCUGAUUACCUGCAGUAUGUACGUUCCUCCAUGGACUGUCUUCGUCUUCUCACCUUUGAGCCAAUCAAGCCUGCGCUUGGUGCUAUGGUCUUGUCUCUAGAGCAGACCAACCUGUCGAAAAGAACUCACAGUUUGAUAAUGGUUCCGCCGGCUGACCUGGCCGAGACUGUGCGGCUGAAGCUGAAGAUCAACAAGAAACAGUUCCUGCGGUGCUGGGAAAUUCUGAUCUAUCUACACCUUGAUGCCGAAAAUCCCAAGUGCAUCGGUAACUUCAGGGCCUGCAUCUACGACCGCACCAAAGGUGAACUACUCGGCGCCGCCUCUGGAACCAACGGGAAGCGCCUUGUCCAAGUGCCCACUAGUUUUGACGAGGACACGUCAUUUGCUGUGUUCUGGACAAAGGAGGGCGGGGACGAAGAUAAUCAGACAGUCCAGCAGCAGCCGGAAGAUCUCGCUACUCAGGAGGAGCAGCUAAAUGAGUUGGUGGACAACCAAAUGGAAGAGAUUGCCGAGGUCGCCAAGAACGUUACCUCACGCGGCAAGGAUAAAUUGGCUGCUUGAUGGCGUGAGAUCUUGCAGCUCGAGGGUAGAAAGUUACAAAAAUUCUUGAAUGGAGGUUAUCCUCGACGUGGAGAACUAUGUAAUGCAAAUUUUUUUCCGAGAAUGUUACAUUGUUAUACUGUUUCAACUUAGUAACCUUACCAGCUUAUGUUA